ACAGUGCACCUGAAAGCGGUCGGUGACGGAGGAGGUAUUUGUGUGCGUUUAAAGACCAGGCACGGUUUAUACCUGCGAUCGAGUGCCAUUGCUCUCUGUACUGUGCAUUUAAUGAGCGCUUUGUUUGGGGGAAGUGGAUCUGAAAUUAAGAAAAGAAGAAAGUACAGCGUGGAGACGCACACCACCUGACCCAACAUCCGCCGCUUUGUCUGAGGCGAAACAAAGGACUCAGACGGCGAUUGUUUUCUUUGUUAGCCUCCUCGGAGCAGUGGCCCGGUAGCGGCGGCUCGGAGCGGCCAGUGGCGCCCGCUGAGGCCACCGAGGGUGCGCCAGGGUUCGAGCGGAGCGGCGAUCCGGACGGUCCAGAGGCAGCGCGUUCGACACCCGCCGCGGUCCACGAGAGGGCGACGCCGGCCGGGCUGUGGGAGAAACCAUGAGAAGGCUUUGAACAUCUGGAGAGCGUACAUCGUGGGAGUUCUUCCGAACAUUAGCCGUGCUGAUGUUCUCUCCUGACCAGGAGAACAUCUCUACAGGCUCCACCAAAGGGCCGGUGAAGUAUGGGGAGCUCAUCGUGCUGGGGUACAACGGCUCGCUGCCCAAUGGGGACCGGGGGAGACGUAAGAGCCGCUUCGCCCUCUGCAGGCGACCCAAGGCCAACGGGGUGAAGCCCAGCACAGUGCAUGUGGCCUGCACACCCCAGGCCGCCAAGGCCAUAAGCAACAAAGACCAGCACAGCAUCUCCUACACGCUGUCGCGGGCCCAGACGGUGGUGGUGGAGUACACACACGACAGCAAUACCGACAUGUUCCAGAUUGGCCGCUCCACGGAGAGCCCCAUCGACUUCGUGGUGACGGACACGGUCCCGGGCAGCCAGACCAAUGGCGACACGCAGACGGUGCAAAGCACCAUCUCCCGCUUCGCAUGCCGGGUCAUGUGCCAGCGCAGCCCCCCCUACACCGCACGCAUCUACGCCGCCGGCUUUGACUCGUCCAAGAACAUCUUCUUGGGGGAGAAAGCACCCAAGUGGAAGACGUUGGACGGGCAGAUGGACGGGCUGACCACCAAUGGCGUGCUGGUGAUGCACCCCCGCACGGGCUUCACCGAGGACUCCAAGCCGGGCGUGUGGCGCGAGAUCUCGGUCUGCGGCAACGUGUUCACUCUGCGGGAGACACGCUCCGCACAGCAGCGGGGCAAAAUGGUGGAGAACGAGACCCAGGAGCUGGUGGACGGCUCGCUGAUCGACCUGUGUGGUGCCACGCUGCUGUGGCGCACGGCGGAGGGGCUGUCGCGCACCCCCACGCUGAAGCACCUGGAGGCACUGCGGUUGGAGAUCAACGCUGCGCGGCCCCAGUGCCCCGUGGGUUUCAACACGCUGGCCUUCCCCAGCAUGCGCCGCAAGGAGGUGGUGGACGAGAAGCAGCCCUGGGUGUACCUGCAUUGCGGCCACGUGCACGGCUACCACGACUGGGGCACGCGGGAGGAGCGUGGCGGCGGCGAGAGCGGCAGCGAGCGAGAGUGCCCCAUGUGCCGUGCCCGCGGUCCCUACGUCCCGCUCUGGCUGGGCAGCGAGGCUGGCUUCUACUUGGACGCCGGCCCACCCACCCACGCCUUCAGCCCCUGCGGCCACGUGUGCUCGGAGAAGACGGCGGCGUACUGGGGGCAGAUCCCGCUACCGCACGGCACCCACACCUUCCACGCCGCCUGCCCCUUCUGUGCCCAGCAGCUGAGCGGCGAGCAGGGCUACGUCAGACUCAUAUUCCAGGGCCCUGUGGACUAGACCCCGCCCCUCAGCCUGGCUAUAAGCUAGAUCCCGCCCCCCACGGACUUUCGUAAAAUGCCUCUCGGUUGUAAGUGACCUUUAUCGGGCGUGCCGUUUUAACGGAAGAAAAGCCACAAUCCUGAACUCCCGGCAGGGCUGGUCUCCCUCUCCCCACCAUCUCGCAUUAAGAUAUCAAAGCAGUAUUUUAUUUACCAAUGUACCUGGUUGACCAGCCCUUUUUUUAAAAAAAUUAAUGCAAUACUCGUCUGUAAACUGUACAAAGCCAUUUUGUCAGUUUGAUCCCCUAUCUUCCAAAAAGCACCUCAGAUCUGUAGUAUUUAUACUCGCAACAUACAGAUACCACUCCACAGAAACUACUUCGUAGGAUGUUUAGUCUUAUACGUGUUACACGGCAGUGAUUGUUAGACAGAUUCACUAUGUAAUUUAUUUAUUUAAACACCGUAUACUGGGAGUAGGUGGUAAGAUGCCGGGAUCUUCGAUUUGUACCCGAUUUCGUCUUUUAAGGGAUCACGAGCAUCGAUGCCUGCUCAUCUUAAGCCUUUUCAUGCUGUACAUUUUGACUUAAUCCUUUAAUGCAUUACCGUGAAAUUGUAUUUUGUAGAUUAGCAGGAUUUUUUUUUUCCUUUGGGAGGGGUGGAGGUGGGGGGGGGGAUCACUUAAACUCAUGCAAUAAGGCCACGUUCAACAAAACGUGCCUCCCCCCAUUGCUUUGCUUGUAUUAACCGCAGGCCCAAAACAAGAAGCCCAGUUUGGGGGGGGGGGGGGCGGGGCGGUGGGCUUCCGUGUGUUCGAACUGACUUCGUCUUCCCUGUCUAUUGCAGACAAUGCCGUGCUCCACAUUAGAGCCCACACAGGCAUUUUUUAUGGACACACUUGCAGCCGGGCGUGAUCGCCCUCUGGUGGACACACCUCAAAAUGCCUGCCUUUAUUUCAUUAUUUUUCCCUUUUUUUUCCUGGUCGCCCCUUGAAGGGUAGCAGUGCCUCUUAAACGAUGUCUUUUUUCAGCCAACCUCUCAUUGCGAAAUGUUCAUAAUGCAAAACGGUUCGAAGGGAUGAAAGGGUGCAUAUAUAUAUAUUAAAUAUAGGUUUUAGUGUCCUCGUAGUUGUAGGGGAUCGGAUGGGAGAUUUGGCAAGUCUCACAAGUUCAUUCUUUUUUGGUGUUUCCAUGACUUCCGGGCUUUUGCUAUUGUUCUGUUGUGUGCGGUUGGACCAAUGUGGAUCUCAGCACUGUGUGAAUGUGUGUGCAUGUGGAUGGCCACCUUGGAAUACACUGUAUUAGGGUGUGGUGCAUUGUAACCUCAGGGAGCUGCCUCAUCGUGGUCACAUGUCCUGCGAUAGUCACCUGUUCAUUCGUCACCCAAUGGGAAUAUGAGAAGUUAAGAAAAUUAACCUUUAUUACGUUAUUUUCUCUUUUGGUGUGUCUGGACCUUGAACCAGCAUUAAAUACAUUUAAGCUUAGCAAUGAUACCUAUUAUCACUCUCUCUCUCUCUGUCACUCACACACUCACUCUGGGGAAAACGUAAGGAAGGGCUUUUUUUGUUUUUAUAAAAUGUCAGAGCAUUCACAUGCAUGGUCUGUCCACAGAAGCAUUAUUUAAGUUUGUCCACUGUGUUUUAGAAUUCCCUGAUGCUUUCAGGUAAAAAUUCAUAUUGUUAACGGUUUUUUGUACCAGAUUUAAACAAUAAAAGGAAAUUGAACAUUGA